AUGGGGCUCCAAACAGAAAAGGACAAGGAGAAAGAAGAUCAAAAGAAGAAUUUUAAAAUAUGUAGCAAAAAAUUUGAAACGGAUGAGUUGGAGGUUUUGAAGAAGAUUUUCAAGGAGCUAGGAAGCAGAUCGGCAUCGAACCAAAUAGACAAGGAGACCUUCCUCCAGUUUUUCCCCUUACCAGGAUUAUGGGGCGAACGACUGUUCCUCAAAUUUAAUUUCAAAAAUACAGGCUACAUAGACUUUGAGGAAUUUAUAAUCGGUAUUGCAAUAUGUUGUAGAGGAACCAAAAGUGACAAAAUCAGUGUCCUAUUUGACAUCUUCGAUUUGAACUCUGAUGGGUACAUACAAAAAUCUGAGAUGGUGGCGAUGCUGUCUAACAUUCCAUACAUUGAUAAAUUGAAAAGUGUUUUCUUUAAUAAAAAAAAUAGAAGACAGAAGAACUUUUACGAUGGUGAGUAUAACUCAAAUGAGAAUAUGUAUGACCAAGGGGAAGGAGAAAAUAAUUGUGGUGAUGAGGACCAAGUGGAAAAUGAGGAGUGUAAUGAGGGAUACAAUAAUGGAGAGUACCCUCCGAGUUACCACUAUGGGGAGAUUUAUGGCUAUAGCAAUGGGGACCAGGAGGCUGAUGAAGACGACAACUACAGCAACAGCUACAAUGAUGACGUGUUUAGCGAGAAUGAAGUCGCCGAGGACGACAAUGAGGAGGAUAACGAGGAAGACAACGAGGACGAUUUGAAUGAUAACGAUGAGGCUUACUGCCAUGAGGUACACAUGAGUGCAACUGGGGUGAGUGUAACUGGAGCGAGUGGCAUCGGGGUAAGCGGUGUGAUCGGUGUAAGCGGAAGCGGCAUAGGCACCACCGAUGCAGCUGCGAACAGCGUGACGAAUUGCAGCAAAUGCCUCCAACAACAGAGGCGGAUGAGGAACCGCAAAAAAUUGCUCAACAUGAGGGAGCUGGCGAAGAAAAUCAGGAAGGAGAAGAAACACCAGCUGGAAAAGUGCAUGAAGGGAAUUAGAAACGAAAGAUACCAGGAGAGCAACUCGUUCAUUGGGGUUGACAAAAAAUGUAAGAAAGAAAAGGAAAAGAACAAGUGGCCAAAGAGGGAUUCCAUUUUCAAGAGCGAAAGCGACGACAAUAUAAAUUCCUCAUCUAGCAGUACGUCCAAUGGAUUCAUCAAUGAAGAAAUGGAUCACUCAAAUGUUAGUAAAAGAAAAAGUUUAAGAAGCAAAACAAAAAAAAAAAACUCUACCUACUUAACCAAUUUCAAAAAUGGAAAUAAUCAUAAUGGGUUCAUGUCAUCAACGAGCGAUAGCUGCACGAGUAACGAUACCAAUUCAUUUCUGAGCAGCGAAGAGGUCGACAGCUUUAACUCCAACAAGGAGCAGCGAAAUGGAGUUGAUAGCUACACCAGUAGUAGCACGGAAGACUCCUUUAUCAGCAUCUAUGGAUACCUCAUCAAGAAUAAGCAGCGUAGGAGGAAGAAAAAGAAGGGCAUCCCAGACAGGGGUGUUGUAGACCAUGGAGGGGAGAAGUUAGCGGCAGAUCGCACAGUGGAACAGGGGACGGAAAGAGCAAAGGAUAAUGGUCGAGAAAAAAACACCCCACAAAAGAGGAAUGAGUUGGAUCAGGAGGAAAAAAAUGGAUGCAUACAAGGCGGUGGGGCAGAAGGUGAUGGAGCAGUGAGUGCAGAUGAAGAUGUGCAGUCGGAAGAACAAAGCAAAGUACUGAACGAAGAAACAGAAACAGCAGGAGGAAUGAUAAAAAAAGGGAAGAAAAGAACAUGUCUUAAUAACCGAAGUGAUAUGAACAUUUAUAAAAAGGAAAAGAAAAAAGAAACCAAAAGGAAAUUAUUUCACCACGAAUAUUGUCUCCCUUCGAAAACGGCAAGGAAUAUUCUCAACGAUGAAGAAAAUUAUGACAUGCAGGAAAAAAAUGUAGACGUUGAGGAAAUAGUAGAUCGGAUGCUCGAAGAAUGUGAAUUCUGGGACAAUGAUAAAAUCACACCCAUACAAUUUAAAAGUGUUAUAUAUAAGUAUGACUUUUUUCUUUAUGUAUUUUUCAGUUGUCUCCAUGAAGAUAUUUGGGGGCUUCAAGGAAAUGUUCUUUACGGCAGGGACUACAUUAGCAACUUUGUAAUAAAAUCAGAAAAUUUUAAGAGCAAGCAAAUUGAUGAGAAUGAGGAAAUAAUUACCGAAGAGGUGUAUUUUAAGAUCAGGCAGCUGUUCAUUAUCCAGGCCCCUGAUUAUAACUGCUUGAAUGACAAUUUGUGUGUGAACUUUCUCAAGGGGGAGCAGGGAAGUGGUCACGAGGGGGGAAGCGGUCAUGAAGGGGGAAGCGGUCAUGAAGGGGGAAGUGGUCAUGUUAAUGGAGGAGAUAGCCACCACCAAGAGACGAACCCAGAAGGAGCAAGCACAGAUGCUGAUAAGGACAAAAGCGAUAUCGGGGCGAACAAAAGAAAAGCCAAGGUCGAGAAUGGUAGCAAGUUGGUCAAUUUUGCUCUACCCAGCGGGGAAGAAACAACGACGGUUGUAGCUGGAACCGAGGCGGAAUGCACCACUGCACAAGGAGGCCAUGACGGUCGGGCUGAAGUGUGUGUUGUCGUGACGGGAAAUCCCCCUGUGGACGGGCACGAAAAGAGGGAAGCCAUUAUCCCCCCAAGGGAAAACGCGGUGAAUCCGACGAGCGCCAUGGACGGGAUGGAUGCCCCUGUGGAGACCGCCCCUUCGAGGCAGUUAGAAAACCCCACGCACAAGAAGGAAGAAACGAACGUUGGCCAACCGUAUGAAGAACAGAAGGAGAGCGAUCAGGACGGCGCUCAGGACAACCCGCAGCGCUGCGGAGACGAUACACCGGAAAGGGAAGAAAAAAUGAUGAUGGCCCUGGAAAACAUAAAGAAUAAGGUAGGCUACGAGUGCGACUUCAACCUGCUGACCAACUCCCUGAACGAUAUUUUUUCAAAAGAAAUUGUGGAGUUUAUCAAGGCGUCCCAAAGUAGCUUCAACAUUAACGAGGUGUGGAAGGAGCGCAAUGCCCACUGCAAGGACAAGUACAAGAAGGCCAAGAGGAACAUCGAGAAGGCAAGGAAUUAUUCGAACAGCACGCAUAGUGGGAAGAAGAAAAAGAAGUCCCUAGCAAAUACCGGGUUAGGCGUCGAGGGGGAGAACGAGGAGGAGGAGCAGCCGCAGCAGCCGCUACAGAAUAACGCGAUAGAAGGGGUGAACGAGGGGGAAGAAGAUCCACAGUCAGUUAGCGAGGCGAGCGAAAAAAGCCCCCACGGCGUGGAGACCCAGAAUUUGGAACAGGUGGACCUCGGAGGGUUAGAGGUUAAGGAGGAAGCCGCUGAGGGGGACGCGGUAGACGGGGACGCAGUGGACGGGGAAGCGGUGGAAGUGUCAACCGAGGCGGCUGCGUGCCCCAACAGGCACACCCACGAGGGGAAGAAAAAGAAAAAGCACGUGAAGGACGUGAACCUGUACUCGUGCCCGAACUGCAAGGGACCUUUCCUCAUGUGCCCCAACUGCCACGGAAGGUACCCCAGGUUCUGCGUGAACGAAGACAAAAUCGCCAUGGAGUGUGAAUAUUGUGAAUGCGAGCACUGCUACUUUUACAAGUGCAUCUACUGCAACUUUGACUUCCAGAAAUGCCUUGACAUGAUAAAAAAGAAUUCUUUGAAGGAAGGAAUCCUCUACAAGAUAGGGAAACACCUGCACCAGUUCAAGGCAAGGUACUACAUCCUAUUUGAUAAUCUUUUAUACUAUUACGACAAGCAAAAAAAUCUUAAACCCCGAGGAUUUAUGUUUUUGGAGGGAUGCUACGUAGAAGUCAUCUCCAAAAAUGACAACAUUAAUAAAUUCGGGUUCUCUAUAUGUCACAAAGGAACCAAUCAUGUGCAGAGGAGAAAUUUAUAUGUGAAUACUUAUGAAGAGAGAGAGGAGUGGUUGCAGGCUUUAUACUCCACAACGAAGCAGAACACCUUGUAUAAUCUGUACGAAUUACAUGAGCAGUUAGGACAAGGAAAAUUCUCUACCGUUUAUAGAGGUAUAAAUAAACAAACAAAUUCCGAGUUUGCAAUUAAGGUGAUUGAUAAAAGAUCCGUUUCCAUUUAUGAGAAGGAAUUAUUGCGAAGUGAGAUUUCCAUUUUAAGACUCCUCCGACAUCCUAAUGUGAUUUAUUUAAAAGAAAUUAUUAAUACCAAGGAGACCUUGUACAUUUCAAUGGAGUUAGUAAAGGGAGGAGAGUUAUAUGAUUUUUUAUUAACUGAAACGAGACUUAGUGAAAUUCACGCAAAUAAAAUUAUUACACAGUUAAUUAAAACAGUGGCAUAUUUGCACAGAUGUGGAAUAAUACAUAGGGAUAUAAAACCAGAGAAUAUUCUCCUUACAGAUAAAUCAAGAGAUGCACAAAUAAAGCUAACCGAUUUUGGCUUGUCCACCUUGUGUGCUCCAAACGAAUUGUUAAAGGAACCAUGUGGGACACUUGCUUAUGUAGCUCCGGAAGUCAUCACUUUACAGGGGUACAAUCACAAAGUAGAUGCAUGGUCAAUAGGUAUUAUACUUUACCUUCUUCUCAGUGGAAAACUUCCCUUCCCAAUUAGUAAAAAUACAGAAAUGAAUAUACAAAAAAAUUAUGUACUCAAUUUUAAAGACCACAUAUGGAAGAGCAUCUCCUCAUCAGCUAAAGACCUCAUCUCCAAGUUGUUAGAACUUAACGUGGAAAAAAGAAUAUCUGCAAAUGAAGCUUUAGAACACAUUUGGAUAAAAAAUCCUACUGCAGUCAUUAAUGAAAACUCCUUUAUUUACAAAAAUGAAGAAAUUAACAUCUUAAAUUUGCAAGAUGUUAGUGUCAGCACUUUUAAUAUUCCCAAGUAUGCCCCUUUUCACUUGGAAGAAGAAAAGACGGAGGAAGUAGAGAACAAAAAUGUUUUUAGUUUCCACAAGGAAGAUAUUAUGUACGAGAAAAAUGACUCCGCGGACGAACCGGUUAUCCCUCUGCCUUAUAGCGGGGCCCCUCUGAAGGAUAAUGCCACGGACAAAAACCCCAUACCCGCCUCCAAAGAAAUUUCUUUCACCAAGGAUAUUUCUUUGACCAAGGAAAAUUCUUUUGCCAAAGAGGAAAAUGUGCUCAGUGGAGAUGCAAAUGGUGAAAAUCUCCCUGGGGAAAUACCAAACGGUGACCAACGCGAAGAACCCACUUCAACUGCAACUGCAACUGCAACUGCAACUCCGUGUGAAGGUCAGCAAAGUGAGGAAAAAACUCACAUUGAAUACACCACUGAGGAGGGAGCUGGCGACCAACCGGUCGGUUCAUCUUCUGCCCCCCCCGCAUGA